AUGGCGACCGCCGAAGAGCAGGCGACGCAGCACAAGAACGAGGGAAACAAGGCGUUUGCGCAACAUGACUGGUUCAAGGCUAUCGCAAGUUAUACCAAGGCUAUCGAACUGAACGACCAGGAACCUACCUUCUUCUCGAACCGAGCCCAGGCCAACAUCAAGUCCGAAGCGUACGGCUACGCGAUUGCAGAUGCGACCAAAGCCAUUGAGCUCAACCCCAAAUUCGUCAAGGCGUACUUUCGGAGAGGCCUUGCCCUCACCGCCAUUCUCAAGCCCAAGGAGGCGCUCAAAGACUUCAAGGAGUGUAUCAAGCUCGACCCGAGUAACAAAGAUGCCAAAUUGAAGCUUUCAGAAUGCCAGAAAAUCGUGCGCCAGCUCGACUUCUUCGCCGCGAUCGAGGUCGGCGACGAGCCGUCCGCCGCCGAAGGUCUCGACUUCGACUCCAUGGUGGUAGAGCCCGGCUACGACGGCGUACGACUCGGUAACGAGAUGACCCAAGAGUUCAUUGACGAUAUGACGGAACGGUUCAAGACCGGCAAGAAAAUCCACAAGAAAUACGUGUACCAAAUAGUUCUGGCUGUCAAAAACCUAGUGUACGAUGAGCCGACAAUGGUGGAGAUGAAGAUUCCCGACGAUGUCAAGUUGACUGUCUGCGGAGAUACCCACGGCCAAUACUUUGACUUGAUGGAGCUGUUCAGGAGGAAUGGCAAACCCAGCGACAAGCACUACUAUCUCUUCAACGGCGAUUUCGUUGAUCGCGGUUCCUGGUCCACAGAAAUCGCUUUGCUGUUGUACGCGAACAAGUGGCUCAGGCCCAAGCAAUUCUUCCUCAACCGAGGCAAUCACGAGACCGACGACAUGAAUCGCGUCUAUGGCUUUGAAGGCGAGUGCAAGGCCAAGUACAAUGAGCGUGUAUUCAAACUCUUCUCGGAGAGUUUCUCCGCCCUGCCUCUGGCGACUCUAAUCGGCAGCAAGUACCUCGUGCUUCACGGCGGUCUCUUCUCCGACGACAGCGUUACCUUGGACGAUAUUCGCAAGCUUAACAGGCAUAACCAGCGUCAACCCGGCCAGUCUGGCCUCAUGAUGGAAAUGUUGUGGACCGACCCCCAAGACGAGCCCGGAAGAGGCCCCAGCAAGCGAGGUGUCGGUCUCCAGUUUGGGCCGGACAUCACGGAGAGGUUCUGCAUCAAGAACGGGCUGGAGGCCGUCAUCAGAAGCCACGAGGUGCGCAUGGAUGGCUACGAAGUGCAGCACAACGGCAGGUGCAUCACUGUCUUCUCCGCCCCCAAGUACUGCGACGCCACGGAAAACAGGGGCGCCUAUAUCAACAUCGGCCCCGAUUACAAGCUGCAGUUCGAGCAAUUUGAUGCAGUCCCCCACCCCGAUAUCAAGCCAAUGGCUUACGCUCAAAGUUCUCUCAUGUCCUCCCUCAUGUAA